GGUCUGGGAAAGUUUUAUAAAUAAUUUUGAUCUUUUACUUUUGAAGAACGUUGAUAUAACAAUCGAUCAGUUUCAUUCAAUUCAAUUAAGAGUAUCGUAGCGUCAUCACGCAGAUACCGGAAGAUUGUGUAAAAGCUACAAAAAUAAAUCGCCUUGAUUCCCUUGAUCUAGCUAAAUAUUUGUAAAAAUGCUGCAGUAAAAUUGAGUGUGUUGUUUCAUGCACACCUUUGGUUGCGACAUUAGGGGAGAAAUGGCAACAUUUCAAAAAUAGAAUAUGCGGUAUUGACCUUUGUCGGCUUUGGUCAAAUGUAUUAGCUUCUUCAUGAACCCAUAAGACAGUCAACGGCCACAGAGCAUCCACUUCCUCAUGCGUGUUUGUAAACAAAUCACUUAACUGUUACGAUGCAAAAUAAAAUUGAAGCGAGUCUACACCAAUAAAUGGUGAAAAUCUUGGCAUUCACAUCCGAUCGCAUCUUCUUUUGCAGCUUACCUCAUUGCGUUGCGCAACUGCCAACCUGUAAACAAGGUUUUAAAAAUAAAAUCGACGACAAAAUACAAUAAUUUGAUGUGUGAACUGUGUAUUUUUGAUUUGAAGAAAAUCUGCGCGAGUUUAGGACUUCCGGCGUCGUAGCGGAAUCGGCGUCAGUGCACCGGGUGGACGUCGUCAGUCCAACGUCGCCGAGAGUGAAAUGCGCUAAUUAGUGACUGAAAGAAAAACAUGGUUGGACACUAUAAUCACGGUGUGCCCACUGCGGUGGAGUUGGAAAACAACAGCAACCAAAAGAAAUACACCGUAAACCGAAAACCUGACGGUUUAGUCAUACCCAAAUCCCUUUGCGCCCUAAUGGCGAUAGGAGCCCUUUUAUUAGCAAUACUUGUAGGUUUAUUAGUGUUUUUCUUCGUUGUUCCUAGAUGUAGUGAAGCUUCUGAUACUCGACCUAGUGACUUACGGGUAGGCGAUGAUGGCUUGCCAAGCAUAUCUGAUGAAAGUUUAUCAAAAGUUAAUAUUCCAAGCACUUUGGAAAUUGACGAAAGGCUUCCUAGGAGUAUAGAACCGAUGCAUUAUAGAAUUCAAGUAAGGCCACUAUUGCCUAAUCUAACUUUCGAUGGUACUGUCACAAUGUCCUUGAAUGUGAAAGAACAAACCGAUCGAAUUAUUUUCAACGUCAAAGACAUUGAAAUUGAUAAACAAUCAGUAAAAGUGCGAUCGGUUAAAAGCAACACUCCUCUAGGCAUCUCAAGUCAGGAUUACGUUCCAGGGGAGAGAUACAAAAUAAUUUUGGACGAGCCUCUAGAUAAAAAUAUUAUGUACACUCUCGAAUUAACAUAUGUCGGGCAUUUAAACAACCAUUUGCAAGGAUUUUACCGAAGCCAAUAUGAUGAAAAUAAUAGUGUCAAAUAUUUGGCAAGUACCCAAUUUUCUCCGACAGAUGCUCGCCGGGCAUUCCCUUGCUUUGAUGAGCCUUUAUUCAAAGCAAACUUUUCUCUCAUAAUUGGAAGACCGUCAAAUAUGACUUCUUUGGCAAACAUGCCGUUGGAAAAAUCUGACUUUGAUCAAAAUGAUCGAACCUGGGUCUGGGAUUAUUACGAAACAACCCCGAAAAUGCCAUCCUAUUUAGUCGCUUUUGUAAUUAGCAAUUUGCAAGCUUAUGGCUCCUCGGAUAAGUUGAUUAAAGUAUGGACGAGGGAGUCUCUAAGGAUCCAGGCGAGAUACGCGGCUGAGUUUGCACCGAAAGUGUUGCACUAUUUUGAAAAUUAUUUCAAUAUUGCGUUUCCUUUACCUAAAAUUGAUAUUGUUGCGAUCCCAGAUUUCGGCUAUAACGCGAUGGAAAAUUGGGGACUGAUCACUUUCAGAGAGAGUUCUCUUUUGUACAACACCGAUGAGCCCGACGUUGAUAGUAAAAGAACCAUUGCUACAAUUUUAUCGCACGAAUUGGGCCAUCAGUGGUUUGGUAAUUUGGUAACCCCGAAGUGGUGGAACGAUUUAUGGUUGAAGGAGGGUUUUGCCACUUUUUUGCAAUAUUUAGGGGCGGAGUUUGCAGAACCGGCAUGGAGAAUAAAAGCGGAGUUUAUUUUCAGCGAAACAGCUCGUGCUUUUGCCCUUGAUGCAUUAGAAUCAUCUAGACCAAUUUCGUACGAAGUGAAGAACAGUCGGCAAAUUCGGCAAACUUUCGACGAGCUUUCAUACGCCAAAGGUGCCGCUGUUGUCAGAAUGAUGUGUAAUUUUCUUGGGGAAGAUACUUUCAAAACUGGCCUUACUAAUUAUUUGCGAAAAUAUGAAUACGGUAAUGGUAACAGAGAUGAUCUUUUUGGGGCCCUGACGGAAGUAGCGCACCAAAAAGGGGCAUUAGAUUCGUCAAUUAGUGUGAAAGAUGUGAUGGAAUCUUGGACCAAUCAGCCAGGGUUUCCGGUUAUUACAGCUAUUAGGGAUCGAGCAAACCAAAAAUUAAUUUUGUCUCAGAAAAGAUUUUUAUUUACAAAUAAUCAAAAUGAUAGUUCCACAUGGUGGGUCCCAGUUUCUGUUACCACAGAAUUUGGGAACUAUGAAACUCAGCCUACAGUGUGGCUAAAAAACGAACCUAUGAUCACUUUAAAUCUUAAUGCAACAUCGUGGUACCUCGUCAAUAUUAAUCAAACAGGGUAUUACAUCGUGAAUUACGACGAGGCUAAUUGGAAAUCACUGACUCAACACCUAAUGUCACUACCUACCAUAAUAAGAGCCCAAUUAAUUAGCGAUUCCAUGGACCUUGCACGAGCAAAUUUACUAGAUUAUGAUAUUCCUUUAAAACUAGUUCAACAUAUGGCCCUUCGUGACAAAUUCAUCAUGUUUGUUCCAACAAAUGUCGCUUUCAAAAAACUGGAAUUUUUAAGUGACAUGUUAUCAGCAACUCCAGCUUUUGGUUUAUUUGAAUCAUUCAUAUCGACUAUCUUCAGAGAUACUUACAGAACUGUAAACUCAGAUUUGGACUAUAAUUCUGAAGAUUAUCUUCAUCAAAAGAUUCGUAAAAUGGUUUUGAGAUGGGCUUGCAGAAAAACAGAUUCCGAGUGUGCCAUUACGUCCCAUCGGAUGUUUAGGGAUUGGAUGGAAUAUGCAAGACCAAUUCCUCCAAAUAUCCGUGAUGUUGUUUAUUGUACAGCUAUCAGACAAGGGAGUGAAGCCGAAUGGAGAUUUGCUUUCAACAGAUAUUUAAACACGUCUUCAGUUUCUGAAAAAAAUGUUCUUCUAAACGCAUUGGGAUGUACUACCCAAAAAUGGUUACUUUCAAGGUAUCUGGAUAAUUUGGUCCGCAAUCAUUCCAGUAUAAGAAUUCAAGAUGCCGACAGAGUUUUCAAAUCAGUAUGUGACAACAAUAUUGCCAGUACCUUAGCUUUUGACUUCUUGAGAACGAAUUGGAUUAAAUUAAUAUCAUUCUACGGCGAAGGUUUCAAUAUUAUCAGCAAAAUGGUCAAAAGUUUACCGCGAUUUAUGACUACUGAGUAUCAACUCUCCGAGCUCAUAAGGUUUAGAAAUCAAGUCAGACACAAUUUGAGUACGGCAAGUCAAGCAUUCGAUAGUGCCAUCGAGAGAGUACGAGGAAACGUGGCUUGGAUGAAAAAGAAUUAUCAGAACGUAGAAAAGUGGUUAAUUGAUAAUAAAGAACAUUUCCAUGCGUAAUUACUAAUUAACUUAGAUAAUUACUAGACAAAUUAGUAUUACUUUUUGUUACAUUUUAACUUUAUUGCGCGUUUUUUGUAUAAACAAAAACAAAAUGUUCGACAUCCAAAGAGAAUAUAAAGUGAUAGUUGUGUAACUGUACAUCUUGUUAAUAUUUUAUUGUGCUUUUUCUACUCUAUUUUAUCACUUCGAAACAAUUUCAUAAUUUAUUUUUAAUAGAAAUAAUAAUACGA